GGGAGACCAGAUAUAGUGAAUGCAGGGUCCGGGGAGACCAGAUAUAGUGAUGCAGGGUCCGGGGAGACCAGAUAUAGUGAAUGCAGGGUCCGGGGAGACCAGAUAUAGUAAAUGCAGGGUCCGGGGAGACCAGAUAUAGUGAAUGCAGGGUCCGGGGAGACCAGAUAUAGUGAAUGCAGGGUCCGGGGAGACCAGAUAUAGUGAAUGCAGGGUCCUGGCAGCACCCGCACAGAGAAUUGCGGACCCGCGGGCGGGUGCCAUUAGUUCUAAUGACACGCCGCCCACACUGGAAAACGCACCUAUACUGGGAACCGAGGUUCCCGUGAGGGCUGCGUUUUCCAAAGAAGUGCAGGGACUUCUUUCCUGCGUGUCACGGGCACGGGACUCCAUUCAAAUGAAUGGACUCUUGUGCCCAUGCAAAAUGCGGCCCGCGCGGCCGCAGAGAUGUGAACCGGGUCGGCCGCAGAGAUGUGAA